GUCGCAUCCGGUCGCCGACGAUCGCUGGCGAUGGCUGCCGCGGGGAGCACCCGGCUCCUGCGCGCCGCCUCCGGGGCCCUGGGCUGCGCCCGCCGUGCCCGGCUGCUGCUCGGCGGCCCGCGCGCGGGACCCAGCCGGACGCUGAGCGUGUCGGCGGGCGCGCGGAGCAGCUCAGAAGAUAAAGUAACUGUCCACUUUAUAAACCGUGAUGGGGAAACAUUAACAACCCAAGGAAAAGUUGGUGACUCCUUGCUGGAUGUUGUGGUUGACAAUAAUUUAGAUAUUGAUGGUUUUGGUGCUUGUGAAGGAACUCUGGCAUGCUCUACCUGUCACCUUGUCUUUGAAAAGCACAUCUAUGAGAAGUUGGAUGCAAUCACGGAUGAGGAAAAUGACAUGCUUGAUCUGGCAUAUGGACUGACAGAUAAAUCCCGGUUGGGCUGCCAGAUCUGUUUGACGAAGUCUAUGGACAAUAUGACAGUUCGGGUGCCUGAAGUUGUGGCCGAUGCCAGACAGUCGAUUGAUCUAAGCAAGAACUCCUAAGCCAAACUGAAGAUGUGUUUUCAAGAAAUCGACCUAUUUUUAUAAUUAUUGUUUUUAAUGUUAAUGAAAUCCUGGAGAAAUGGGUUUUAUUAUAUACAGCUUUAUUACUUUAAUUCACUUUGUAUAAUGGGCUUAAUUUUAUAGUUUUGAAAGUAUGCAACUUUAUUUUUGGUUCAAUUAUAAAAAAUCAUAUCAAAUAUUAGAAAAUAGUCUAAUAAAAUAUCUACAUAUUUUACCUUG